CUAUGGAAGGAAGAUGUUAUAUUUUUCUUCGGAGAUAAACAAAAUGACUUUUUUCGAAUUCCACGUUAGUUGAAAAGUUAAGUUUUUAAAUAUAUAUUCAAUAUACAACUACCUUCAAGUGAAAUAUGGCUGAAGGAUUUAAAAAUAGUGAAGUAAAACUUCCAGAUGUUGAAAAUGAAUCGCCAGAACCUAGUGCGAACAAUAAUGAAAAUGUAGCCAACUGGUCUUACUAUCAUAAUCAUGCUAAUGAAUACUCGUUGGAUAUGUCUUACUUAUAUCUAGACGGCUUAACACUUCAUCAUAAUUUGAAUAUCUUUAAAAAUUCAGUAGAAGAUGAUGAUGAAAGUACUUCAAAUGGAGAAGUGCAUUUCUUGUAUCUUCAGCAUAAUCGAAUGGAUUUCAUUCCACAAAACAUCAACAAAUUUAAGAACUUGAAACAUGUUGAUCUUAGUAAUAACCUUCUUACAGAAAUUAAUGAAGCUGUAUUUGAAUUAAAGAGGUUGACUAUUUUGAUAGCGCGCAACAACUUUCUAAAUGAUUAUUCAUUACCCAAAAAAUUAGGCAUGCUACAGAAUUUAGAAGAACUAAAUUUGAGUGGAAAUUCAUUCAAAACAAUUCCUCCUGAAAUAAUAGACACAAAAAGUUUGAAAGCCUUGUAUAUGGGAGGUAAUCAACUAGAAGAGUUGCCACGGGAUAUCUGGAAACUGGAAAAAUUAGAAACAUUAUAUCUUGGUGGCAACAAUCUGAAGGACAUUCCUGCCGAAAUGGGAAGGUUACACUUUCUCAGGUCUCUAGUUCUAUGUGAAAAUCAACUGCAGAGUUUGCCUUCUACUAUCUCACACCUAAGAAGAUUGCGUUCCCUAUCUUUACAUAAUAAUCAGCUAACCACUUUGCCUCCAGAAAUUGUUACUCUUAAAGGACUUGUUGAAUUGAGCUUACGAGACAAUCCAUUAGUUGUCAGAUUUGUGCAAGAAAUGAUGUAUGAUCCUCCCUCCCUAAGAGAACUUGCUGCUAGAAGCAUAAAAUUGUUCCGUGUGCCUUAUAAGGAUAGGGAGCUUCCUUCAACAUUGUCAUACUUCUUGAACAGUGCCUGUAGAUGUGUUAAUCCUAGAUGUAAAGGUGUGUACUUUGAUGUCAGAGUUGAGCACAUAAAGUUUGUUGAUUUUUGUGGGAAAUACAGGAUUCCACUUUUGCAAUAUCUGUGCUCACCAAGGUGUAGCACUUCGCCAUCAUGCAGCACAUCUGACUCAAACAGUUCUGAUGAUGAUAGUGAUGUGCCAGAAAGCCGGUUGCGCAGAGUUCUUUUGGGAUGAUUUCAGUAGCAAAAUUUCCCAUCUAUUUUCAAACUUUUUUUGACGAUAGAUAAAAAGUUUUUUGAAGUGCAAGAAAUAAAUAUGUAUUUUUUAAAUAUAAAAUAGGUCAGUUAUUUGUGUGACAUGCUUUUAUAAAUUGCGAUGUAACAUGAAGUUGUUGAUUUAAAUUACAGAAGAAUGUCAAAAAUCGGAGCAUACAUUUGAAAACUCUCUUGACCAUAAAUCUGAUUUUUUUAAAAAUG